AUGCCAUCCUUUUUCACACGAUGGUUUCUUUCUGAAAAACCAUAUGACGGUGCUACUGUUGCUGAUUUACAAACAAGCCUGGAUCCCAAGAUUACAAUAGAUAGACUAAAAUCCUACCAGUUCACAAAAAAAGAUCUUUUACAUUACACAUUUUUGGGUGGUAUACUACUAUUUGUCUUCAUCACAAAUCCUGCAAAAUGGAUCUAUAAAAUAUUAUUCUAUAUUUUCAUGGCAAUAUGCUUCAUCAUACCAAUCACUUCCCAAUUCUUCUUCAAUGCUUUACCCAUUUGGGCUUGGCUUGGUCUUUACUUCACAUCUUCUUAUUUCCCAGCCUCCAAGAGGCCUCCCAUCACAGUGAAAGUGUUACCUGCCAUUGAAACCAUAUUAUAUGGAGAUAAUUUAAGUAAUAUCUUAGCUACUUCCACAAACAAAAUAUUAGAUAUACUCGGUUGGAUUCCCUAUGGAAUAUGUCAUUUCGGUGCACCAUUCGUCGUGGCAAUUAUUCUUUUCUUAUUUGGUCCACCAACCACUUUACAAAGUUAUGCAUUUGCAUUUGGUUACAUGAAUCUAAUUGGUGUCAUCAUUCAAAACAUUUUCCCCGCAGCUCCACCAUGGUAUAAAAAUUUAUACAAUUUGAACCCAGCCAAUUACUCCAUGCAUGGUUCUCCAGGUGGUUUGGAAAGAAUUGAUAAAUUAUUUCAUAUCAAUAUAUAUACUAAAGGUUUCACAAAUUCAUCUGUCAUCUUUGGUGCUUUCCCAUCAUUACAUUCAGGUUGCGCCACAAUGGAAGCUUUAUUUUUCUCAUAUUGUUUCCCUAAUUUUAAAUUCAUAUUCAUAAUUUAUGUCGUAUGGCUUUGGUGGGCUACAAUGUAUUUGACUCAUCAUUAUUUCAUAGAUUUGAUGGCUGGCUCUGUCAUUUCUUUGAUCAUUUUCCAAUACACUAAAUAUAAUCAUUUACCACUGGUAGAUACCAGUUUGUUCUGUAGAUGGUCAUAUGCAACUAUUGAAAAAUAUGAUCAAAUUAAAAUGAACCCUUUGAAUAAUAAUAGUAUUGAAGAUUUGGAAAAUUAUGUGGAAAAUGUCCCAUUACAAGAAAUUGAUUUUGAAAUUGAUGACGAUAAUGGCCAUACAGAAGAGGAAGAACAGUUAUAG